AUGUUGAAGAAAAUAAUAGUAUCAACUUCUCUCAUUCUUACCUUUGUAACCUGUUUAUCAGCACAGGUUGGUCAUGCCGGUUUCAACGAUUACGACUUAAAAUGGGACAUCCAAGGGGAUAAAAUUAUUUUCAGGAUUAGAGCAAGAACGAGAGGCUGGGUUGGAAUCGGAUUAAGUGAGAACAGAGGGAUGAAUGGUUCUGAACUAAUGGUUUGCGGGGGUGGCGCCCCACCAACUACAAACUCGCCACCAACGUCCGACACGCCCCCAACGUCCGAUACGCCACCUACAUCCGACACGACACCAACGUCCGACACGCCCCCAACGUCCGAUACGCCACCUACAUCCGACACGACACCAACGUCCGACACGCCCCCAACGUCCGAUACGCCACCUACAUCCGACACGCCUCCAACGCCACCUACAUCCGACACGCCACCAACGUCCGACACGCCUCCAACGCCACCAACGUCCGACACGCCUCCAACGCCACCAACGUCCGACACGCCUCCAACGCCACCAACGUCCGACACGCCUCCAACGCCACCAACGUCCGAUACGCCCCCAACAUCCGAUACGAUACCAACCUCCGACACGCCACCAACCUCCGACACGCCACCAACGUCCGAUACGCCACCGACAUCUGAUACGCCACCUACAUCCGAUACGCCCCCAACAUCCGAUACGCCACCGACAUCUGAUACGCCACCAACCUCCGAUACGCCACCGACAUCUGAUACGCCACCAACCUCCGAUACGCCCCCAACAUCCGAUACGCCACCGACAUCUGAUACGCCACCAACCUCCGAUACGCCCCCAACAUCCGAUACGCCACCGACAUCUGAUACGCCACCAACCUCCGAUACGCCCCCAACAUCCGAUACGCCACCGACAUCUGAUACGCCACCAACCUCCGAUACGCCCCCAACAUCCGAUACGCCACCGACAUCUGAUACGCCACCAACCUCCGAUACGCCCCCAACAUCCGAUACGCCACCGACAUCUGAUACGCCACCAACCUCCGAUACGCCCCCAACAUCCGAUACGCCACCGACAUCUGAUACGCCACCAACCUCCGAUACGCCCCCAACAUCCGAUACGCCACCGACAUCUGAUACGCCACCAACCUCCGAUACGCCCCCAACAUCCGAUACGCCACCGACAUCUGAUACGCCACCAACCUCCGAUACGCCCCCAACAUCCGAUACGCCACCGACAUCUGAUACGCCACCAACCUCCGAUACGCCCCCAACAUCCGAUACGCCACCGACGUCUGAUACGCCACCAACCUCCGAUACGCCCCCAACAUCCGAUACGCCACCGACAUCUGAUACGCCACCAACCUCUGAUACGCCCCCAACAUCCGAUACGCCACCGACAUCUGAUACGCCACCGACCUCCGAUACGCCACCAACCUCCGAUACGCCCCCAACAUCCGAUACGCCACCGACAUCUGAUACGCCACCUACAUCCGAUACGCCAUCUACAUCCGUAACGCCACCGGUCACGACAUUCCUUCGGUUGGGGUUGAAGGAUGGGAAAGCUCAUCUUAGCAAAGAAAUAGAACUGCUUCAAUCUGACGAAAUCUAUACAGAAAGAAGAAUCGGAUCUGCAACCGGACUUGGCAGUCAGUACCCUGGAACUGCGUGGCAGUUCGUUAGCGCAGUCGAAACAUAUGACCAGUUUCUAAAUCCGGAAGAUCCUUUCGAGUGGUUCACAACGGUCGUGUGGGAGAGACAAUUGACAUCAAACGAUACUAGGGACAUUCAGAUUGUUGAGUAUCAACGUGUCUACCUCUUGAUGGCAUUCGGUGUAAAUGACGUUAUCGCAGAUCACGGUGCACAACACAGACUAGCUGUCGUAGUCGAUUUCCUAACUUCGACUAAUUCUGCAACGAGGACAAUUUCUUCGAACUGGAGCUACAGUUCAUUAUUGCUACUUACUUCAUGCACAAUUUAUUUUUUCAAACUUUAA